AUGUGUUGUGCUUUCGCACUGCGCUAUUUGUACUUUGUACAAAGGCAAAACAAAACGUCGCUGGUUCAAUUCCGCACUGCGUCCGAAAAUUUUUGCGCUCUCAAUUUCCCUCAAAUUUCAGUCAAACUCCGUGGAUGGCACACAAAAUUCACCGUGCAAACCUUCCGUGGAUUCGGCCUCAGCGCCCUAUUCGAUAACGACAAACCAGCUGGCAAAUUUGAUCUGCAAGGCCGUAAAGGUGAGGCGCGCAUUUGGCCAAACUGCCGCCGUGCGGGCGUGUCGCACUCCAAUCUUCGGCCCAAGACGUCCGUCCACGUGCUUUGGCACGCACCCGACACGUUCGCCGAGGGUGCGUGCGUUUGGUUCCGUGCCAUCAUUAUCGCGUCGAGACGCCAUUGGUUCGCUGAAGACGGUGAACUUACGAAAAAAUUCUGCAUUACAGAAGGCUACAAGAAGGCGCUGACCGUCGAAGAUCACGACGACUCGGGCACGGGGGAAUGUUGCGCGUGUGAUGAGGCCAAGUACAGUCUCGAGUUCAUCGGGUUGUGGUCCAAAGAGACGCAUCCAAAGGAUUAUCCUACCUUAGAGCAUUUAACACAUUUCACUGAUAUGCUAGGCGCAAGCCAUAGUCCAAACUACACAAUGUGGAAAUUCGGUAUGAUCGCAACCGAUGGCAUGAAGGAAAUUGCCGAAUGGGGUAACACCUAUAAAGGAGAGCAGGAAAUGAAGGAACACGCCAGUGAGAUUCGUACACUGAUGAAAAUCAAAGGUCUAUGGUAUCCAGAGGUUCAAGGCCGUACACACAGCUCAUUUGUGGUUAACAAGUACCACCAUCUCGCCUCGCUGGCCGCUAUGUUCGGUCCAUCACCCGACUGGUGUGUAGGUAUCUCGUCGGUAAACCUCUGCCUACCCGACUGCACCUGGGUACCCGAGCGUACUUUUGAGCUGCUACCCUUCGAUGCGGGCACUGAUAAUGGGCCGACGUUCAUGGUACGUGUGCACUCUUUAAAAAAUUGA